ACUAAACUGUAGAGUUGAGUGUAGAGUAUGUCGAACUGUCACUGUUUUUCGAUAAAUUUUUCAAAGAGAAAAUAAAACCAUCAAAAAAUGAAGACACGGUUUAAUACUUAUGAUCUUGUAUGUUCAGUCACUGAACUACAAAGACUUAUUGGCAUGCGUGUCAAUCAGAUAUACGAUAUAGACCAUCGCACAUAUCUUAUACGCCUUCAACGUAAUGAAGAAAAAUGUAUUCUUUUGCUUGAAUCUGGUAACAGAAUCCAUAUUACAGUUUUUGAAUGGCCUAAGAAUGUAGCUCCUUCAGGAUUCUCAAUGAAGAUGCGUAAACAUCUUAAGAACAAAAGAUUAGAAAGUCUUAUGCAAGUCGGUACGGAUCGAAUAAUAAAGUUACAAUUCGGAAGUGGUGAAGCUGCCUACCAUGUAAUUUUGGAGGUAUAUGAUCGUGGUAAUAUAAUUUUGACUGAUCAUGAAAUGGUCAUUUUAUAUGUGUUAAGACCUCAUACAGAAGGAGAUAAAAUUAGAUUUGCAGUGAAAGAGAAAUAUCCCUUAGACAGAGCUCAUUCCACAACUAUGCCACCUACAGAUGUAAUCCAUGAGCAUAUUCAAAAAGCUAAGGAGGGCGAUAGUCUUAAAAAAGUAUUAAAUCCAUUGUUAGAAUUUGGUUCAGCUGUGAUUGAUCAUGUUUUACUUAAAGCCGGAUUUAAUCUUGGUUGCAAAAUUGGUAAAGAUUUUCAUAUCACUGAAGAUAUGCCGAGAUUAAUUCUAGCACUCGAGGAUGCUAAUAAUAUCAUGGAUUAUGCAAAGAAAAAUGUCUCAAAAGGCUAUAUUAUACAGAAAAAAGAAUCGAAACUGACUCAAAAUGGCAAGGAAGAUUUUAUAUUUGCUAAUAUUGAAUUUCAUCCUUUUUUAUUUGAGCAAUAUAAUAAUCAACCUUACAAGGAAUUUGAUUCUUUUGAUGCCGCAGUGGAUGAAUAUUUCUCUAUGAUGGAAGGACAAAAAAUAGAUUUGAAAGCUCUGCAACAGGAAAGAGAAGCUUUACAAAAAUUAGAAAGAGUGAGAAAGGAUCACAGUCAGCGAUUGAUUUCGUUAGAAAAGACGCAAGAAUUAGAUAAACAAAAAGCAGAAUUAAUUUCAAGGAAUCAGAUUUUAGUGGACAACGCUAUACUAGCUAUACAAAGCGCCUUAGCAAAUCAAAUGUCUUGGCCCGACAUUCAAGUUUUAUUGAAAGAAGCUCAAGCCAGAGGUGAUCCUGUCGCUUCUGCUAUAAAACAAUUAAAAUUAGAAACGAAUCAUGUUGCCCUAAUGUUGCACGAUCCUUAUGAAGACAGUGAUGAGGAAUCUAAGCUUAAACCUAUGAUGAUUGAUAUAGAUUUGGCGCAUACAGCAUUCAGUAAUGCCAAGAAGUAUUAUAGUCAAAAAAAAUCAGCUGCAAAGAAGCAACAAAAAACGAUAGAAUCCCAGGGAAAAGCUUUGAAAUCGGCCGAAAAGAAGACAAAGCAAACACUGAAAGAAGUGCAAACCAUACAUACCAUUAAUAAAUUAAGAAAGACAUAUUGGUUUGAAAAAUUCUAUUGGUUUAUUACAUCCGAAAAUUACUUAGUGAUCGGAGGAAGAGAUCAACAGCAGAACGAAUUGAUUGUUAAAAGAUAUCUGAAGGCAGGAGAUUUAUACGUUCAUGCAGAUUUAACUGGCGCUAGUUCUGUCGUAAUAAAAAAUCCCAGUGGCAAUCCUGUACCGCCAAAAUCAUUAGCAGAGGCAGGUACAAUGGCUGUUGCGUACAGUAUAGCUUGGGAUUCGAAAGUAAUAGCUAGUGCAUGGUGGGUGCAUCAUGAUCAAGUAUCCAAGAGUGCUCCUACUGGUGAAUAUCUUACUACCGGAUCCUUCAUGAUACGUGGAAAAAAAAAUUAUCUGACGCACAGUCAAUUAAUUAUGGGAUUGGGUAUUAUGUUUCGUUUGGAAGACAGUUCCAUAGAACGACAUAAAGAUGAAAGGAGAGUGAAAACAAUAGACGAGGAAAGCGAAAAAGCGGAUUUGAUAGUUGAAGAUGAUGGAGAAAUAGAAUUAGAAGGAGAUUCGGAUGAAGAUGAAAAUCUAGAAAAACAAGAACAAAAUCUAGAGAACAAAGAUACAUUACAUCCAAUUCAAGAGGAAGAUCAAGAGAAAUCAGAAUCUUAUAUAACAGAUUAUAAUGUUAAAAAAGAUACUUGUGGAGAAGAUGAAAAAGAUACAGAUGAAGAUACAAAAUAUCAAUUUCCUGAUACACAAAUUAAAAUUGAUCUUUCAGGCCCAAAGGUAAAAAUACAUGUUGACAAUAAUCAGCCUUUAAUGCAAUCUCAGAAGGACACGAAAGAAAACGUGGUUUAUUUAGGAGAUGACAAACCUAUUAUAAUAAAUGCAUCAACUAUGGAGAAACAUGCAAAAGCAAAACAAAAAACACAUCUAAAAGAAUCAACAAAAAAGAUUGAAAAAGAUGAUAAAAAUGAAAAUGAUAAUAAAAAAGGAGAGCAACCUGCGUUAAAACGAGGGCAAAAAGGAAAGCUUAAAAAAAUGAAAGAAAAGUAUAAAGAUCAAGAUGAGGAAGAUAGAAGGCUUUCAAUGCUCGUUUUGCAGUCGGCAGGUGCAGCCAAAGAAGAUAAAAGAAAAAAUAGGGCUAAAGAUCCGUCCGGGCCAAAGCAACAAGGAAAGAAAAAAAUAAAUCCGAAACCUAACAUUCCAUCACAAUCUAUGCAUACGAUAGAUAACAUUGAUGAUGAAGAUACAGGUCCAAUUCCUGAAGUUGAUAUGCUUGAUCAAUUAACAGGAAAGCCUAUUUCAGAAGAUGAAUUAUUAUUUGCUGUUCCUGUUGUAGCACCUUACAAUACUUUACAAAAUUAUAAGUUCAAAGUGAAAUUGACACCUGGUAUUGGUAAGAGGGGCAAAGCUGCUAAAACAGCUAUAGCUGUAUUUCUCAGAGACAAAGAAAUUUCUUCACGUGAAAAAGACCUAUUAAAGGCAAUUAAAGAUGAAACAAUAGCCAGGAAUAUACCUGGAAAAGUAAAAAUAAGCGCCCCUCAGAUUCAAAAAUUAAAAAAAUAG